UUUCUUAAAUAUACCACAGUUUCAGCCAAUCAACAUCCAGGACCCAAACUACCCAGUUUAUAAUGUCUGCUUUAUUCCACAGAUUAAGGAUUUGAGUUGGCCUGACGGAGAGAUCUUCCAGGCGACUCCGGCCCAUGGAGGAUGCAGAGCAUCACAUCAGAUCAAACAUUGAUAAACCAGUACUUUACCAGCGUUUUAUCAAUAUCUUUAAAGGACGGGGAGUUUUUGCCACUGAUAUCAUAUCCAAAGGAGACUUUGUUGUGGAGUACCGAGGUGAACUGCUUACACAACAGGAGGGCGAGGUCCGAGCUGAUCAGUACAAUGAUUCUGCAAAGGUGUUUCUUUUCGAUUUCCAAUGGAAAGGAAGAACAUGGUGCAUUGAUGCAUCUGAAGAAGACUCCUCCCUUGGGAGACUCGUUAAUGAUGAUCACUAAAGACUCAAUCUCAAAAUGAAGGCCAUACAAGCAAACGAUGAGCCACACUUGUGCCUCUUCGCGACUCGAGAU